CCAACGACGGCUUGGCGUCGUAUGGAAGAAGCCAUCUUGAAGAGCGUUGGCUGGUUCUGUUGUCAUUAGGCGAUUUGGAGAGAUUAUUUUCAAUUAUUUUAUUUGUGACAAGGGAUCUUAGUACAACAUGUCAGACACCGAGCAACAGUUUAUGGAAACAUCCGAAAACGGCCAUGAAGGCGAGGAGGACUUUAACGGAGCCGAGCCCGCUGAUGAGACCGAAGCCCCGAAUGAAGGCGAGGCAGAGACCGAAGCCUGCGUAGAAGAUAAAACUGCAUUAGAGGGAGAAGGCAAAGGGGAGGGAGAAGAUUCACAAAAUGGUGCCUCGGAGGGGGAAGGCGGACAGAUCAACGCCAGCAAAGGCGAGGAGGACGCGGGGAAAAUGUUUGUUGGCGGACUUAGCUGGGACACGAGUAAGAAAGAUCUUAAAGAUUAUUUCUCUAAAUUCGGUGAGGUGACAGACUGCACCAUAAAGAUGGACCAGCAGACAGGCCGGUCAAGAGGCUUUGGCUUUAUUCUCUUCAAAGAAGCAGCCGGUGUAGACAAGGUUCUCGAGCAGAAGGAACACAGACUAGAUGGGCGACAGAUUGACCCCAAGAAGGCCAUGGCCAUGAAGAAGGAGCCUGUGAAGAAAAUCUUUGUAGGUGGUCUCAACCCAGACACAGAAAAGGAAGUUAUCCAGGAGUACUUUGGAACUUUUGGAGAGAUCGAGACGAUUGAGCUUCCACAGGAUCCAAAGACCGAAAAGAGAAGGGGCUUCGUGUUCAUUACGUAUAAGGAUGAAACUCCUGUCAAAAAAGUGCUAGAAAAGAAAUUCCAUAAUGUCAGUGGAAGCAAGUGUGAGAUUAAAAUAGCCCAGCCUAAAGAGGUGUACCAGCAGCAGCAGUAUGGUGGCCGUGGAGGUGGGGGACGAGGAAGGGGUCGUGGAGGUCAGGGCCAGAACUGGAACCAAGGUGGUGGUGGUGGAUACAACAACUACUGGAACCAAGGCUACGGUAACCAGGGCUAUGGCUACGGUGGACAGCAAGGCUAUGGCGGAUACGGAGGCUACGGCAACUACGACUACUCCGCAGGAUACGGCUAUGGUGGUGGCUACGACUACAACCAGGGCAAUGCAGGCUAUGGGAAAACUCCAAGACGUGGAGGCCACCAGAGUAGCUACAAGCCAUACUGAUCACAUGUAGUGCAGGUCUAAAGUAAAUAAGAAAAAAGAAACCCAUGGUCCGGCCACAGCGAACAUGGGCUCUGGCUUUUCCUUUGGAGUUGGCAGAAAUUUGGCCUCAUGCCCCAUAUGUACAGAUGAAGUGAGGAACUGGGGAAGCAAAUGCCACUUCCACUUUUUAUUUGAUAUUGUUUUGUGUCCAUUUCCAGAGAUGGAAGUGUUAUUUUUACUGUACUUUUUGGUACCUUUUUGAAUAAUGUAUUGUAUGGUCGUAUUUUACAUGUCUGCUGGACUUACCAACAAACAGGAGCAGAGCUUUCGUAAGCUUUUCAAAUAAACUUUUGUUGGUGUUUCUAGAUUUGUAGUUUUUUUUCUUUUUCUCAUGCUGAGUGUUUGAUGCGAGUUGCAUGGCUUCAGAUGUGGGGUGAGGCGACGGGAUUAAACUAAUCAAAGGUUUCAUUGUAAGCUUGUCUAGUGAAUGUUUGCAGUUGGCUAGUAGACGAUGACAACCAGCAUUUGUUUUUUUGGCUUUUAAGGAGCCCCCCCCCCCCCCCUCAUAUUGUCUGCAUUUUUAAAGUGGCUACUAGUGUUACAAACAAUACAAUCCAACCGAGCGCAAGCCUGUUAAUGUAAGAGGGCCUUCCCUCUCUCACUGGAAACUCAUUCCUCUAGUGUCUUGGGCAAAUUGGUAGAAAUAAACUUUUGGUUUAUAUUA